AUGAAGAGAUUGUGGGCUAAGUAUCGACAAUCUCGAGAUGAAGAUCUUGAAGAGCUGUGUACAACUAAUGCUCUUGUGGUAGCAGCAGUCGCUGAAGCUGAAGCUUCCUCCGGAUCACGACAACGGGGUUCUCAACCGGGGCGUGCACCGAAUGAGGAGCCGUUUAGGGAAUCAAGAGGGAAAAACAUGAUGGAAGAUUACUUUGUGGAGCGUCCGAUUUUCAGUGAAGAGAUAUUCCGGACAAGGUACAGGAUGAGUCACAAUGUGUUCAACCGCAUCUCCAGUGAUCUUUGUGGUACCGACCCGUACUGGGUCCAGAAAUCAGAUGCUGCAGGCAAAGUCGGACUACUUCCCCAACAGAAGCUGACAUGUUCCUUAAGAAUGCUUGCUUAUGGUGCAGGGGCAGAUCAAUGUGCCGAGUAUUGUCAGAUGGUGAAAUCUACCUCCAUUCAGGCUCUAAAACGAUUUACAAGAGGAAUCGUUAAUCUGUACUCGGCAGAAUACCUCCGGGCUCCUAAUCCGGCCGACCUCAGAAGACUUCUCACCAAAGCUGAGAGAAGGGGCUUUCCAGGGAUGAUUGGAAGCAUCGACUGCAUGCACUAG